GAACCACAAUAUGAAGCAAGAAAAUAACUACCAACAAGUUUGCCAAUCGGUCUCUUUCCCUGCGGAUGAUGUGAACAUUCCUCCCCCGCCUUACGAAGAAGUCACUCCUCAGCCGGAUUCACGUUAUGCUCAAGGCCGUGCGUCCAUUCCGUUUCAAGCGUUCUACGUACCCAUCCUUGAUCAAAGUCCGUUUUGGGAAGUUCAAGAUGAAUACAGCCAAGUUCCCAGUCAUAUUCAUAUCUCACCCGACACUUGGUACACUUUCAUGCAAGAAGUCAAAAACAAGGCUCAAAUCACGUCGGGGUUCAAAGUAACAAAGAAUAGUAUGAUGUACGCAGGCUUAGAAUUAUUGACCACGCAUUCUAUCCGACAAAGCAUUUGGUGUAUGAAGUGCAUUGACUUACAAUGUCUUGUUGAUCGAUGGAAUGCUAGCUACUUCCGUGAUCAUGGUAUUCAAAUCACUUUACUUCAAGGCGACCUGAACACGAUGGACGGAUACAUGUCAAGCUGGAACAACCCUACAAGAAGUGCAAGGAAUAGCCGUUAUAGACUUCAUUUGAAAAUCGAGUGCUUAUAGUGAAUUAAUAUGUUGUAAAAAGAAAAUAAAAAGGAUUAACGGAUAAUUG